CAUACGUUUCAAAGACUGACAUACUCUUGCUGCUACAUCACUAAGUUUGUUUCUACAACUUUUAGCCUAUCAAAUAAUUAUUGCUAUCACUAUGCAUUAGUGAUUGCAAUAAUGAAAAUAAUUAUACGUAUACCGAGGUUGAGCAAUAGGAAAAUCGCCAUUGCAAUUGCCUUAUUAAUAGCAGUUACGAUAUAUUACAAUGGCAACAAAGUGAAUGAUACAUAUGUUAAUCAAAAAUACCUAACUUUUAGUAACUAUAUAAUGGAAAGAAACAAAACACUUGAAAUGAAAAGUUCGAUGGAAAAUGGAAAUCUACCAAGCAUUUAUAAAUUAAAUAUUAAUAGCGUAAACACAAAUACAAUUAAACAACAAAAUCUUAUUUCUCACGUCACUGUUGAUACAAUAGAAAAAGACCACAAGCUUGAAUAUACAGUUUUGAUUUUAAUUUCUUUGCAUGUUUUACACAAAAGUAGACGAUUCAGAAUAAGAGAAACAUGGGGGAAUUCCAGCAUGUGGACUACUAAGUACAAAUACAAAAUAAUUUUUGUGACCGGUAAUGUUGAGGACGAUAGUAUAAUGACGGAAAUAGUUCAUGAAGCACAAUUAUGGAAAGAUGUUAUUUCUCUCGAUAUUUCAGAGGAAUUUUACAUGUUAUCAAAAAAAGUGAUUGUUGCACUUUCAUGGGCAAAAGAGAACUUUAAUUUUAAAGCGAUUUUAAAAGGUGACGACGAUACUUUUAUAAAUCUUGACAACGUGAUAACCUUUAUAAACGAAAACAAAAUAUCAGAAGGUUAUUUUGGAUCAAUUUUAAAAGGACAAAUAGUUAAUCGAGAUGGAAAAUAUAUAAUAACACAAGAUGAACAUAAAAAAAAUAUUUUUGACCCUUAUUGUUCUGGAGGAGGAUAUAUAUUAACAAAUUCUAGUGUUCAAAAAAUCAUACCGAUGCUUAAUUUUGAAACAAAUAUUACUAAUGAUGACGCUUAUGUUGGAAAAAUAGCAUUAACGCUUGGAAUAGUACCAACCAAUUCAAAAGGAUUUUAUAUGCGGAACACGUGGUGUGAGUACGUAAAAAACUUCAAAGUUUCGCAUCCUAUAGAUGAUCUAGAUUGCAAUAGUUUCCUUUUAAAAAAAUCGAGAAUUGAUAAUGGACAACUUCGAUAUGAUCCUCAAUUGGAGAAACAGAAGUAUUAUAAAAAUGUUGCUUUACUGAAAUAUUUUGCAGAUUAAAAAAUAUAUAUUACCACACCCAUUAUUUUGUGAAAAAAAUUAAUAGAGUAUAAAGACUUUGAGGUUUUUUAAAAUGAUAUUUAUAUUGAUAAUGUAAACGGUAAAAGAUUACUGCAUCUGUCGAACAACAUCUGUGGAGUAGUCCAAGAUCAUCUGUACACUUUUGUGCA